UCUCCACCCAGACUAACACCAAGCUCGCUCAUUCGCUCGUUUCUUCCGCUCUGCUUCCUCUGCGAUUCUGGAAGUCGCCACCGCAUACCGCCCAGGCACCCACUACGGCAGCACUCCUGCCGGUCUAUCGCCUCCCACUGCCUCGCCACCUCCUCUGCCUUGCGCCCUCCCCCCAACCUCGCCAGUCGCCUCGACACCAGCCACCAGAUUCAGAUGUCGAAUGAUGUGGAAAAUCCUAAAGGCAAGAGUACUGCACAGUCUCUUCAUGCUACUCCUCCACCUCCUUCGCAUGAUGUCCAGUCAACCUGGUACAACGACUUACUUCAACGAGCAUCGGUUUAUGGCGUAGCUGCCGGGUACUGUAUUUCAGCAUCUUUGUUGUCUAUCAUAAACAAGUGGGCCAUAAUGAAAUUCCCUUACCCAGGUGCACUGACUGCCCUGCAGUAUUUCACGAGUGCAGCUGGGGUUCUCAUUUGUGGGUGUCUCAAGUUAUUAGAACACGAUAAGCUUGAGCUUUUGACAUUGUGGCGGUUUCUACCUGCAGCGAUUAUAUUCUACCUCUCUCUUUUUACAAACAGUGAACUUCUCCUCCAUGCCAAUGUUGAUACGUUUAUUGUCUUCAGAUCAGCAGUCCCCAUCUUUGUUGCAAUAGGAGAGACCCUCUUUCUCCACCAGCCUUGGCCAACAAUUAAGACAUGGUUGUCACUUGGUACCAUCUUUGCUGGUAGCGUGCUUUAUGUCAUGACAGAUUACCAGUUCACUCUCGCUGCUUAUAGCUGGGCAUUGGCCUACUUAGUGAGCAUGUCCAUUGACUUUGUUUACAUCAAGCACGUUGUUAUGACAAUUGGGUUGAACACAUGGGGUCUUGUGCUGUACAACAACCUCGAGGCACUGCUACUUUUUCCAAUUGAGCUACUUAUAAUGGGGGAAUUGAAGAAAAUUAAGCAUGAUAAGGAGGAAUCAGAUUGGUAUAGUUUUCAAGUGGUCCUGCCCGUAGGGCUCUCAUGCUUGUUUGGUUUAUCCAUUUCUUUCUUCGGAUUCUCCUGUCGCAAGGCCAUCUCUGCCACUGGAUUUACUGUUCUCGGCAUAGUUAACAAGCUAUUGACAGUUGUUAUAAAUCUUGUUGUUUGGGACAAACAUUCUACUCUUAUUGGAACAGUGGGGCUCUUGAUAUGCAUGUCUGGUGGCAUCAUGUACCAACAAUCAACAAGCAAUAAACCAAAGGGUGUGAAAGAGAGUCCACAAACAGGGGAGGAGGAGGAACAAGAGAAACUGCUUGAAAUGCAGAGCGGCAACGAUAGCAAUAACAAUGAGAAACAAGUUACAGAAUCUGAAGGAGGAAAGCAAUAGCCAAUUAAUUGUUUGGAUACGAAUUUAUGUCAUUCUUUAGGCUGUCAGAUGGUUUCUCAGUGCUUCACUUCUAGGUUUAAGAAACCUAUCAGGGAGGGGUAAAUAGCCCAAAGUGCAGAGCGGAGAGAUCAUUUCCAACUAGUUAUCAGUGAUACAAGACUCGGAACUUAUUAUUCUGCAACUUUCUUUUAUUCGUUCACUAUAGGCCGGGUCGCGGUUUUAAAACAUGUUAGAAUGAUUCAUUUGUCAACUGCAAUUGUAUCAAACACAGCUCUAAACCUCUCUUUAAAUGUUCAUCUUUUCCAAAGUGAUUGUACCACUAAAUCUGCUGAUUUUCUUGUCUACAAAACAACAACAAAUUCAUAAUA